AUGCAACAUAAUAAACAAGCUAUCAAAGACUUUAUUACUUACUGUCGAAAUCAUGACUGCUUGUCACCAGCAUAUAUUGACCGUUUUGAGAAAGAAUACAAUUCUCGACCAGCUAUUUGGUGGUAUACUUUCCCAUCCAAUAUCUAUUCUAUGCUCAAUUAUGGUCUUCGAACAUUGGAAGCCGAUAUAAUUAUUACUAUGGGAUUUUUCCUACGUCGUCUACAUCAAGAAAUUCAGCAAUUAUACGAACAACAGGUUAAUAGCUACGAUAAAAAGCCUUUUUUAGUCUAUCGAGGACAAAGUCUUACGGAAUCAGACUUUGAAAAACUUCAAAAAACAAUAGGUGGACUUAUGUCAUUUAACAAUUUCUUGUCUACCAGUAAAGAUAAAGAAGUGUCACUCCAAUAUGCUGAAUGUGCUUCGACAACACCGAAUACGGUGGGCAUUCUCUUUAUAAUGUCCAUUGAUCCUUGUAUUAAAUCAACACCAUUUGCCUCCAUAAAAGAGAUGAGUUAUUUUAAUGAAGAAGAUGAAAUUCUCUUCUCAAUGCACACCGUCUUUCGAGUGGUUGCAAUUAGACAAAAGGACAAUGACAAUCAACUUUAUGAAGUUGAAUUACAAUUGACGUCAGAUGAUGAUCAACAGCUACAUUUACUUACUGAUCGAAUACGAAAAGAAGUUCACGGUACUGGAUGGCAGAAAUUGGGUGACUUAUUGCAUAAAAUUGGUCAAUUUCAGAAAGCUCAAGAACUGUAUAACGCACUACUCGAGCAGACAUCUGAUGAGGGUGAAAAAGCGCUUUAUUAUAAUCAGCUUGGAUUUGUUCACUCAGACCUAGGUGAUUACGGAAAGGCUAUUUGGUAUUUCGAACAAAGACUUGAAAUUGGACAAAAAACUCUUCCUUCAAAUCAUCCUCUACUGGCUAGCUCAUACGGCAACAUUGGUUCAGUGUAUGGCACCAUGGGAGAGUACUCGAAAGCACUUUCAUAUUACGAGAAAACCCUUAAAAUUCAACAAAAAACUCGUUCCUCAAAUCAUCCUUCACUGGCAACUUUAUACAACAACAUUGGUUUGGUGUAUAAAAACAUGGGACAGUACUCGAAAGCACUUUCAUAUUACGCAAAAGCACUAGAAAUUCAACAAAAAACUCUUCCUUCAAAUCAUCCUUCACUGGCUACUGCAUACAACAACAUCGCUAGUGUACAUGACAAGCGGGGAAAAUACUCGAAAGCAUUGCCGUUUUACAAAAAGGCACUUGAUAUUCAACAAAAAAGUCUCCCUUCAAAUCAUCCUGAUUUGGGUAUUUUACACAAUAACAUAGGGAUGGUCUGUAGUAAUAUGGGAGAAUAUUCGAAAGCACUUUCAUCUCACGAAAAAGCACUAGCUACUUACAAAAAAACUCUUUCUUCAAAUCAUCCUCUAUUGGCUAACUCAUACAACAACAUCAGUUUGGUGUAUCACAACAUGGGAGAGUAUUCGAAAGCACUUUCUUAUUACGAGAAAGCACUUGAAAUUCAACUAAAAACUCUUCCUCUAAAUCAUCCUUCAUUGGCAACCUUAUACAACAACAUUGGUUUCGCGUAUAACAACAUCGGAGAGUAUUCGAAAGCACUUACAUAUUUUGAAAAAGCACUAGAAAUUCGACAAAAAACUCUUCCUUCAAAUCAUCCUGAUUUUGCUAAAUCAUACAACAGCAUUGGUUUGAUAUACCACAGCAUGAAAGAGUACUCGAGAGCACUUUCAUAUUAUGAAAAAGCACUUGAAAUUCAACAAAAAACUGUUUCUUCAAAUUAUCCUUCAUUGGCUACUUCAUACGACAGCAUCGGUAGGCUGUAUGAUGAUAUGGGACAGUACUCAAAAGCACUUUCAUUUCACGAGAAAGCACUAAAAAUUCGACAAAAAACUUUUCCUUCGGAUCAUCCUGAUUUGUCUAAAUCAUACAACAACAUCGGUGUAUUGUAUAACAACAUGGGAGAGUACUCGAAAGCACUUUCAUUUCACGAAAAAGCACUAGCCACUUACCAAAAAACUUUUCUUUCAAAUCAUCCUGAUUUGGCUACUUCAUACAACAACAUCGGUUUAGUGUAUAACAACAUGCGGGAGUACUCGAAAGCACUUUCUUAUUACGAGAAAGCACUUGAAAUUCAACUAAAAACUCUUCCUCCAAAUUGUCCUUUAUUGGCAACCUUAUACAACAACAUUGGUUUCGCGUAUAACGACAUCGGAGAGUAUUCAAAAGCACUUUCAUAUUAUGAGAAAGCACUGGACGUUCAACAAAAAACUCUUCCUUCAAAUCAUCCUGAUUUGGCUGCUUCGUACAACAACAUCGGUUUCGUGUAUGACAACAUAGGAGACUAUUCAAAAGCACUCUCACAUUUAGAAUGUGCUCUGAACAUAUGUCAGCGUGCAUUUCCUGAAACUCAUCGUCAGAUUAAAGAUGUGGAAAAGGGUAUUGAAAUUGUAAAAGAGAAAUUACUCUUUAAAAAGAAACGGUGCCAUAGUGCACCAUAA